GGCUCGAGCCGAUUGGAAUCCCUCAUCGGCACGCGCUCAACACCCCUGGCUGUUCCAACCACACGCCGCUCAUCCAAGAAGCGUAAUCGACGGAGACAUCUCGAGCCAUGCAGCGAAUUGUCCUGGUGCUCCUCGUGGCGCUCCUGUGCUCCCAGCCGGCCGCCGCCGGGCCCGCGGGCGAGGAGGACGGCGCGGGCGAGGCCUACGUCCUCCCGCCGGGCAGGUCUUGCGCGAGGGGCGGCCCCUGCGAGGCGCAGGAGUCGGAGAUCUCCGAGCCAGUCAGCUACCAGGACCAGAUGAUGCUAGUCCAGGGUGACGUCAGCACGGCCACUGGCGUUGCGGUGGACAAGAGCUUCCAGGACUGGGAGGCUCACGCCUUCGACCCCCACUCCGAGCAAAUCGCCGAGGCGAACGCGAAGAUGAACGAGACCGCGCUGCUGGAGGAGGCGCACGAGCUUGCCAAGAGGAGGGGCUGCGUCGACGACCCCCUGUGGAGGGACGCGGACGGCGACGGCUGCGAGAUCUACAAGUUCGCCAUCACGUCCGGGAAGACGUCGGUCCAGGUCGCCUGCCACGGCGGGGGCGUGGUGGACGCGACGGCCGCCACCGCGGGCAGCCUUCGCGGCUCGCGCCGCCCGGUGCGGGUGGUCGCGGACACCACGGCGAAGGUCUACUGCCGGGCCACGUGCCAGAUGUGCUAGCUCUGACUCCGGGCCACCGCUCGGAGGAGGAACAGGUAUCCAUACCACUACCCUUCUCUCGUUUUCCCCUUUGUGGGCCUCCUGGGAGGUCCUCGUCGUCACCGCUGGAUUCGCUUCGAAAUCCGGGUCAGAACGCACCCCAGGAGAGGUCCGGGGAGUAGCGGUAUCGGUACCUCUUGGUCUCCCCAGAUCCCAGGACGAUCGAAAUGGGUACAGAAAAUAUAGGCACGAUGCCCAACAGCAGCCCCAAUCUGUUCCGAAGAGGGCAGGCGAUAGAGGAGGCAUGGACACAUGUGCGCCACGCGCAACGCCA